AUGUCAGCACCAACAGAAAAUGACUAUGGAAACGACGAGGUGCCAUUCCCAUGGCAUCUUGGAGUCUACGAUGCACAUUGUCAUCCAACAGACACCAUGGAGCUCGUCUCCCAGAUACCUGAGAUGAAAGCACGUGUCUUGACUGUUAUGGCGACUAGAGGGCAAGAUCAAGAGCUCGUCGCUAAUGUUGCAGAAUCACACGGUCUAAAAGAAGGCUCUGACUUAGAGAAUCUACCAAAAGACGAAUGUAUAAUACCAUGCUUUGGGUGGCAUCCUUGGUUUUCAUAUCAAAUGUAUGAUGAUACGGAAACAAUACCUGAGAACUUUGACUCUGAAAUUUUCAAAACCCAACAUUAUCAAGCUGUGCUAACGCCGAAACCGGAUGAUAAGGAGUUUCUCAAUUCAAUACCGCCUCCCAGAUCUCUAAAAGCAUAUCUUGCAACAGUCAAGAGUAACUUGGAAAGGCAUCCUCUAGCUCUAGUUGGGGAGAUUGGAUUGGACAAAUAUUUCCGCCUUCCAGGAGUGUGGACCCCUGAACUAGAGACCGCGAGAGAUGGUUCUCUGACAAGAGGUGGCCGAGAGGGAAGACCAUUAAGUAAAUAUAAGGUCCAAAUGAGUCACCAGAAAGCUGUCUUGAAAGCACAGCUGAAGCUUGCAGGGGAGAUGCAGCGAGCUGUUUCUGUACAUGGCGUUCAAGCUCAUGGUGUCCUCUUUGGUACAUUACAAGAAUGCUGGAAAGGCCACGAGAAAGAAGUCAUAAGCAAGAAGGAACGAAAGAAAAUCGCGAAUAUCGCGCCACCUGCGGACGAGGAUUCAGAGUCAACACCUAAAGAUAUACAAUCGAAACCAUUCCCUCCACGGAUAUGUCUUCAUUCUUAUUCUGGUCCCGACGAAGCGUUGAAACAAUACUACCAUCCUGCUGUCCCUGCGGAAAUAUACUUCUCCUUCUCGGAAGCUAUCAACAUGGGUACUGAUACGAGAACGAAAGCGAUGGAAGUCAUCAAGGCUGUGCCGGAUGACAAGGUGCUCAUGGAGAGUGACUUGCAUAUGGCUGGCGACAUUAUGGACGAGAAGCUGGAGGCUAUAGCUAGGAGGAUUUGUCAGAUUAAAGGGUGGGAAUUGGAGAAGGGUGUGAAGCAACUUGGUGAUAACUGGAAGAAGUUUGCGUUUGGGCGAUGA